AAAUUAUCUAAGACAUCGAUAAAAAUGUCUGAAAAACCAAAAUUAGAUCUUGGCGUUCUUGAAGAGGAUGAUGAAUUUGAAGAAUUUCCCGUCGAAGACUGGACGGCAAAGGAUAAAGAUGAACAGGACAUAAGUGUAUGGGAAGACAACUGGGAAGAUGAUAAUGUGGAAGACGACUUUAAUAAACAAUUAAGGGCCCAGCUCGAAAAACAGAAGGCGAAACCCGCACCAAAAUAAAAUUUACGUUUUGUGUUAGUAAUUAGGAAAUUAAUGUAAGGAGAACAAUAAACAUUUUUUCAUA